AUGUUUUUAUGGAGAGCAUGCAAGGAGGCCUUACCAACUCUAGCAAAUCUGAGAAGGAGGAAAGUUGUGGAAAUUAGUUCAUGUCUGAUCUGUAAGCAGGAGCUAGAAACUUCUGGAUAUGUUCUGUGGGGCUGCAUUGCUGCAAAGGAUGUGUGGGGUCAGGGAGUGAAAAAGGUGCAAAAACUAUCAUUUCAAAGUGAUUUGAUCUUUGAUAUCUGGUCAAGAUUGGUAGAGAUGCUUAGUUUAGAGGAACUUGAAGAAGUGGCAGCUACUAUGAGGGGCAUAUGGACUAGAAGGAACAAUACUCUUCAUGGUAAAGAUUUCAAACAUCCAAAUGCUCUCCACCAACUGGCCAAGGCAGAACUGGUAUCAUACAGGGAAACUCUUACAGAGGAGCUAGUUGUCAAGCUCCCAGCUCAUGUAGGGACUCCAAAGUGGUCAAAGCCUGAGGUUGGGUCCUAUAAAGUCAACUGGGACGUGGCUGUAAAUCAAAAGGAAGGGCACAUAGGAAUUGGAGUGCUCAUUAGAGAUCACCAAGGGUUCUUUAUUGGAAGCCUACAGACACACAGACCCUUCAAAGGAACCCCUUUCGAUGCUGAAGCCUAUGGCAUACUCCUAGUAGCAGUUUUUGGCAUAACACAAUGUUUGUUGGAGGGGGAUUCAAAGCAAGUAGUGGAUUUAAUGAAUCAUCACACAAAAAACUGGAGUUUGGGUGGUUGCCUGGUGGAAGAUGCAAGGGUGGUACUUAAUUCCUUUGCUUGUUGGUCAGUGGCUCAUACAUACAGAGAAGCUAACAUGGCAACACAUCACCUAGCAAAAUCUGCUCUUGAAUGCACAGAGGAUCUAUAUGACCUUGAAACAUGUCCCUCAUGUAUCUUACCUAUUGUCACAAAAGAAAUGAGGUAG